AAGCGGCCUGGCGGGCAGAGGGAACCUGCAGAGGGCAGUUUCUCUCCUCUUUUCCUGUCCCACCCAGUCGCCCCCACCCCCCACUCGCAGCCAGACCCUGCAGCUACUCUGCGAGUCUCUCCGCGGCUUCCUGCAGCGAGUGUCCCUCCGUGGAUCUGCGUGAAUCUCUGCGGUUCCCGCCCUCGUUGAGUUCAAAAGGACGCGCGGAGUGGCGCCGGCCCUUCCGCUGCAGCCCGUCCGACUGGUAAGAUCUGCUUCUUCCUCAAGGUGCCCAUCCACUUGCUGCAAUGACUAGCCUCCCAACCACGACUUCUCCAGGAGAACUGAUGACCACCCCAAUUCUGAAGGCCACUGAGGCCCUGUCUCCAGAAGCUGAAGCCAGCACAGCACUCAUUGCAGUUGUUAUCACCGUGGUCUUCCUCACCCUGCUGUCAGUCGUGGUCUUGAUCUUCUUUUACCUGUACAAGAACAAAGGCAGCUACGUCACCUAUGAGCCUGCAGAAGGAGAGCCCAGCACCAUCCUUCAGAUGGAGAGUGACUCAGCCAAGGGCAAGGAGAAGGAGGAAUAUUUCAUCUAAUGAUUCCUGGGUCCCAAGGAGUUUAUUCAGACUCUAGUGAUAACACAUUGACUAUUUAAUUUAUUAGAUGAAAGUUUUAUCUGAAGCCAGUGAGAAGCCUAGAUUGAUAUGGGCAAACCUGAGCUCCUUCCAGAACACAGGCCCAAAUUUAACAUCACUGAUGCCAGGAACCAGGGAAACGAAGAAAGCAGCUUACAGUGUUGUUGGCCAGGCCUUUGUAAUACAGCAGUGUUUGUGACUGACCAACAAGGUGGAGCUAUUCCAAGCAACAUUUGAGUAUGUGCCCAGUCAUCUUCAAUUUUCCACAGGUCAAAAGGAAGAAGAGAGUUAGGGUCACUGGCUGCUCCUGUCCCCUACCUGGACACCUAGUGACAGUCCCAGUGGAGAUAGCGUUCACGGACGUUCUUCCCAUUGGCUGGAUACCACAGUGAAAGGCUGGGCUAGGAGCGGUAGGAGACUAUAAGAGACUUUACCUCCUGAUGAAUGUGUGACAUCCCCUAAUCUGAGCCCUUCCUUUCCGUAUUCCCCAACAACCUCAUACUUAAUGCUAUUUUUAUCAGAAUUAAAAAUUUUUCAGAUUCGGAAAUCAGA